GCCAGGUGAAGGCCACGCCCGCUGUUUGCUGAUUUAAAGGAUUCCCGCAGGGAUCAUAAACACACACCGGACCACAACCCACUGAACAAAGGAACUUUUCUGCAACUCAACAUUUGACUUUUACAGUUCAAGAAUGGAACGAGGAUUGAUCCUGUUGGUUGCUGCAGUGGGGGUUUACGUGGCAUCGGGUGUCCAAGGAAUCUCUUACUUGUCAUUUUCCAAUAAUACACAGGUGAACAUCUCUCAAAUUGGUUGUGGAGUCACCAAACUGUGUGUGCAAACACCAGCAAACUGUGAUCCAACUGGAAACACCAGCUGUCUGUUUGCGUCUGUGAUCUCCAGCACCUCAGUAGCACCCAACGGCUCUGCAAUGUCCUUCCAACUCAGGGGAGACUCCGUGGGAUACAUCGCACUGGGACUCACUGUGAAUGCUUCACAAGGUACCACCAUGCUUUUCAUCUGUGCUCAAAACAGCUCCAAAAAUGGGAGCUUCUUCUUCCAGACGAUGGAUCAGAACAACAUCAACGGCGCUCUCACUCCAGCUGAUAGGAUAACAACAGAAAUCCGUGGCAUCGUAAACAGCAAUGUGAUCAAGUGUGAGUUCAACGUCCCGAACGUGAACGCCUCCAAAACCCAAAUCAGCAGCCCCACCACCUUCUCCCUCCUCCUCGGGACUGGGACUAUAACUGGAAAUGGUCUCAGCCCCUUCAACAUCUCCCUGAACAGCGGCCUUCUGAACCUCGCCAACCCAGCCAGCAACGUCCCCACCACAGCACCACCAGUGGUCAACACAACAACGCCCAGCAGCAGUGGAGCUGUCCAGCCUCACGCCAUGCUGCUCCUGCUGAGUGUCCUCACACUAUACGUCCUGCUGAGAGCCUGAAAGGAAUACUGAGUUCCAGUUCGAUACAAUGAAGGCAGAGGAGUCGAGAAGUGUCGAGUAUCAAGCAGUAAUGGAACUUAUUUAAAAGCGUUAGAAGUAUCUUUUGCGCAAUGUUUCUACCUGAGAUGUACUUGGGCUGAAACUCCAGCUGUUCAUGUGGCAUUUGCAAAAACGUCCUCGAUGGUUUUAGUGGCUUAUUUACUUAAUACUUCUGCUUAGGACUGUAAAAAAAACAUCUUUGUAAUUCCAGUUGGCACUUGGGUAAACUUUUCUACAGAAAACUGGUACAACAGGCUUUUUCAGCAUAUGCAUAUUUAAUGUACACUUUGGUCUGAUGAGGCAGUAUACCUCAAUCUUGGCAAUAAACCUCAAUAGGUAAACAGCCAGCAUCCUUCACCUGAAACCCAACCCAAGAGUGUGGUUGUUAUGUUUUAACAUUGACAUUUGAAAUUAUCUUUGACUGUGAAAUAUCUGUUGAAUGGACAGCAAAAAAAAGCUCCACCUGUUCUAAAAUAAUAAAGUUGAUACUAUGGUUACCUUGUUUGU